ACGUCUCUUUCAGCUCCUACACUUUUGGUCCAGAUGAACCCAACUCCCCAAUUUAAACCAGUUGCUUCGAAAUCCAGGAAAACAGUUCGGUCGAGCCAAUGCCUGGAGGAACGGAGGAGUCAGAGUUCCAAAGCAGCGACCGUUAGGACCCGGACCAAACCAAGCCGUAAACAAACUCGGCCGCAAUCUUCUCCGGUUUCUCUCCCUUGUUUUCGCAAUACCACGAUACUGCCCCCGGAGUUCUUUCAAAUUGACGCUCUUGAUUUGGCGCCACAUUUGCUUGGCAAGUUUUUAAGGAGAGAUGAUGUUGUUCUUCAAAUCACUGAGGUAGAGGCUUAUAGGCCAAAUGAUUCAGCUUGUCAUGGUAGAUUUGGAGUCACUGCAAGAACAGCCCCUGUUUUUGGUCCUGGAGGGCAUGCUUAUGUUUAUCUUUGCUAUGGACUUCAUACGAUGCUCAAUGUUGUUGCUGACAAAGAAGGAGCUGGGGCUGCAGUGUUAAUACGUGCAUGCGCUCCGGUGUGUGGUUUGGAGACUAUCCAGGAGCGUCGUGGUCAGCAAACUGAAAAGCCUAUUCUUCUCACUGGACCCGGAAAGGUUGGUCAGGCACUUGGAAUUACCACAGAAUGGUCUAACCAUCCACUAUACACUCCUGGUGGUUUGGAACUCUUGGAUGGGCCUGAACCGGAUAAGAUAUUAAUUGGGCCUCGUGUUGGCAUUGAGUAUGCUUUACCCGAGCACGUUAACGCCUUGUGGAGAUUUGCCAUUGCCGGUUCCCCAUGGAUAAGUGCUCCUAAAAAUACUCUCAGGCUUCCCUAGGUUCUUUAGAAUACAUGAAAUGGUUUUGAUAUGAAUUGUUUUCUAUCUCUUCUUUUUCCUUCGUUCUAGGAAAAUGUGAUAUAUAUAUAUGAAUUCAAUGCACUACAAAAUGAAGCAAAUUCAUUUGCAAUUUUUUGCCUUGUAAA